AUGGCUCUUUUUCGACAAGAUGUCGCACCAACGGCCGCCCAUUUAGCUGUUCCAGUUGCUAGAGAUCAGGAAUUGAGCAUAAAACCAUCGGUCUUUGCCGCAGCUGCGGCCUGCGGUAUCUGGUACAUUUUUAUACUUGGCGUACAAACAAUCGGCUUCAUCCAACUAUAUCGACGAUACUCUUCGAAACCGAAACCCGCAUACACACCUACCCUCAAGAGCGACGAGAUACCCCAUGUUACUGUGCUUCGCCCCGUGAAGGGCCUGGAGCCCCAACUAUAUGAAUGCCUCGCUGCGACGUUUCGGCAAUUAUACCCUUCUGAAAAGUUGACGAUAUACUUUUGUAUAGCCUCCAAGGAGGACCCGGCAUACCCAGUGCUUCAGCGUCUGCUGGCAGACUUUCCUGGCUUCGAUGCGACGAUAUUUGUAGAAGAAGAGGAUCCAAACCUUAGCGGCCAUGGAGAAAUUAAUAACCUCGGUCCCAAUCCAAAGAUUCGAAACAUGAGCCGUGGAUAUCGAGAGGCCAAAGGCGAUGUGAUAUGGACGUUGGACUGUAAUAUAUGGAUUGAGAAGGGUGUCGCUGGGCGGAUGGUGGAUAGAUUAUACGGAUACAAACCUGAUGGCUCUCGGACCAUCCCAUAUAAAUUCGUUCACCAGCUGCCGCUCGUUGUCGAUAGCGUGGGAGCAAGUGUGGGCGAAGAGACUCGAGGUUUACUUUCAGCUAGUUCGGAUCAGGCAUUACGAGUCUCCAGUACGAACAGUCAAAGCGAAAACGAUCUAACCGAAUAUCCCGAAUGCGAGACAUGGCUUGAUACGAUCUUCCGAACUGGUGGAGGACGACUCGAAGAGAUGUUCAUGGCAGGGUCCCAUGCUAAGUUUUAUACUGCAAUUAACACUGUCUCGGUGGCACCAUGCAUCGUAGGAAAGUCCAAUAUGUUCCGGCGAUCGCACCUAAAUUAUCUCACUACAUCGACCAAUUCGAACUACGCGCCUGGCAUUGAUUUCUUCUCCGAAAAUAUAUGCGAAGAUCAUUUGAUAGGAGAUUUAUUGUGGCGCAAGAAAGUAGAAGAAGAGAAGCAAGGUACAAAAUACAGAAAGCACGGCCUCGUAUUUGGUGAUUUGGCAAUCCAACCAAUGGCUGGUAUGUCGAUUCGGGAGUACGGAGCCCGCCGUGUCCGGUGGUUACGCGUCAGGAAAUGGACAGUUACUUUGGCUACUCUCGUCGAGCCUGGAGUAGAACCUUUAUUAUGUUCUGCUUAUGGUGCUUUCGCUGCUUCGACACUACCUUGGGUUCAUGACAAUUUGGGAAUCCCAUCAACAUGGACUGCUUUUGUUUCUUUCUGGCUAUGCAGUGUUCUCGCUUGGAUGAUAUUGGAUUCCUUCACUUACGCCAAACUGCACUCAGGUGUUACCAUCGAAGUCGACUCCGAUACACCAUCUUUCGCGAAGCCACUUGACGGAAAAUCUAGACGGCCCUUGGGGCAAUAUAUACUUGCUUGGAUUGGACGAGAAGUCCUUCAACUUCCCAUAUGGACUUGGGCUUGCUUAGGUGGUACAACAGUUAUGUGGCGUGGUAAGCAGUUUCGAGUUGGUUUAGACAUGAGGGUGGUAGAAAUCAAGUCAAAAGACAACACCGCUACUACACCUUCGAGUCCGUCGGACAGUGUACGAUCAAGAAGCAAAUAUAGAAUAGACUAA